ACUCGUACCUCGUCCCAUAGCCCUAAGGUCUGCAGUCUGCGGUCCUUCAGUUCGGAUAGGUCCAACACCCUGAACAGGACCUCUUACACCAGAGACAGCAUGAUGAUCGAAGAGAUACUGGCUCCUACCAAGGAUAUGAACCUGGCGUUGGCCAGCAGAGACUGUGACUCUGACUCUCAGAGACACUACAGCUGGACUGCUGACACCUUGGACAAUAUCAACAUGGUCUCCAGCCCCAUACACUCUGGGUUCCUGGUCAGUUUCAUGGUGGACGCACGCGGCGGCUCAAUGCGGGGGAGUCGUCAUAACGGAAUGCGCAUCAUCAUCCCGCCCAGGAAGUGCACGGCUCCGACACGCAUCACCUGCCGCCUGGCGAAGAGGCACAAGCUGGCCACGCCCCCACCGAUGGUGGAUGGAGAGGGAUUGGCCAGCAGGCUGGUGGAGGUGGGGCCUGCUGGAGCUCAGUUCCUGGGCCCUGUGAUCGUGGAGAUCCCCCAUUUUGGCUCUAUGAGGGGGAAGGAGAGGGAGCUGAUCAUGCUGAGGAGUGAGAAUGGAGAGACCUGGAAGGAACAUCAGUACGACUGCAAGACAGAUGACCUCAAUGAGCUGCUCAACGGCAUGGAUGAAGAGCUGGACAGCGCCAAGGACCUGGAGAAGAAGCGUAUAUGUCGCAUCAUCACCAAGGAUUUCCCACAGUACUUUGCGGUGGUGUCUCGUAUCAGACAGGAGAGCAGCCAGAUGGGCCCUGAGGGAGGAGUCCUCUCCAGCCUGACACUUCCAUUGGUCCAGGCCUCCUUCCCAGAGGGGGCGCUCACCAAGAAGAUACGCGUGGGACUGCAGGUUAGCCCGGUCCCUGAUGACAUGGUGAAGAAGAUCCUUGGUAACCGGGCAACAUUCAGCCCCAUAGUGACGGUCUGACGCAGGAAGUUCCACAAACCCAUCACCAUGUCGAUCCCAGUCCCGCCCUUGUCAGGGGAGGGGUUCAAUGGCUACAAGGGGUCCACCCUCUGCCUGAGGUUGCUAUGCAGCAUCACCAACGGAACCUCUCCUGCCCAAUGGGAGGACAUCACUGGGACCAUGUCUCUGCCAGGUCAAGACUGUGUCUCCUUCACUACCAAUGUCUCUGCCAGGUUCUGGCUUGCUGACUGCCACCAGAUCCCAGAGACUGUAGGCCUUGCCACCCAGCUGUACAGAGAGCUCAUCUGUGUUCCUUACAUGGCCAAGUUCGUGGUGUUCGCCAAGAUGAACGACCCUAUGGAGUCCCGCUUGCGCUGCUUCUGUAUGACCGACGACAAGGUGGACAAAACCCUGGAACAGCAGGAGAACUUUGAGGAGGUGGCCAGGAGCAAAGACAUCGAGGUUCUGGAGGGGAGGCCCAUCUAUGUGGACUGCUAUGGUAACUUAGCUCCUCUGACCAAGGCUGGACAGCUACUGGUGCUCAACUUCUACGCAUUCAAAGAGAACCGGCUUCCUUUCUGUGUGAAGGUCAGAGACAACAGCCAGGAGCCGUGUGGCCGUCUGACAUUCCUGAAGGAGACCACUAAGAGCGCUAAGGGUCUCCCCCAGACGGCCGUGUGUAACCUGAACAUCACCCUACCUGCGCUGAAGAAGGAAAUGGAGUCAGACCCAGAUGAAGAGACUGAAAAGCCAGAACGACGUCAUACCUUUACAUCUCUAGCCUUACGUAAGCGUUACAGCUAUCUCGCCGAGCCCGCCACGAAAACAGUUGAGCGAAGCACAGCAAGAACACUGCCUGCUGGUUACACUCACAAACCUGUCUUUUCAACAAGAUCUUACCAGGCAUGGUCGACUGCGCCUCUUCCCCACACUGUCCAAGCAAGGAGUGGACUGGGCUCCCUCUCCGGCUCACCGUCCAACACACCAUCUGCAUCGCCACUGAAGUCUGCCUGGUUGCUCUCCUCCGCCUCUCCAAUCAAAUCCACCCUCGGAGCCUCACCGCCACAUUCAGUCAAGUCCUCUGGCGACAUAGCUUCUUUACCUGUCAGAUCCUAUAGAACUAGCUCCCCUAUUAAGACUGUUGUACAGCAGGCCCAGUACCCGGUCCAGGUCUCUGCCAGUCUGGUGUCCUCUUCCUCUAAACCUGGAGCAGAUCCUGUCUUCAUUAAAGGACUAUCCACCCCAUUUUCUUCCAGGACCACCCCAGCCUCUAACACAGGGUCUGUUCCAGAUAGAUCAACCAUGACUCAACCCGAAUCUCCCAAAUGCACAGCCAACAUGUACACCUUACCCUUCAAAUCAGUCCUGUCGUCUUCAUCCUCCUCCCCUGUCAGAACCAUCGCUGGUCUGUCCUCCUCAUCCUCCUCCUUAUCCUCCUCCCCUGUCAGAACCAUCGCUGGUCUGUCCUCCUCAUCCUCCUCCCCUGUCAGAACCAUUCCUGGCCUGUCCACUACUUCAGCUACAUCUAAGGGGAAGCCCCUCCCCUCGCUGUCCUCACCAGCCCACUCCUCAGAACCCUCUGCUAUGGUGAAUGGAUUAGUUUCUCCCAUGAAGUACGCCUCUUCUUCUCAGUGCUCCUCCCCCUGCUCCUGUUUGCUCUCUGAUAGGUCUAGCAGUCUGCAGGAGAGGAUACAGACCACCACUCACACCGCCACUUCCAGUGUCAGUGCAGCUAUAAAUGAGGCUGAAAGGACAUUUAACUCUUCAGGGUACGGAACACUCAAAUCAGUGUCCUCACGGAGAUCUAACACCUCAACUUCUGUCUACGGCUCUAUGAGGUCUCAAACCUCUUCCACCACCUCAGCAACAUCCAAUACAAUGACUGUACCUGUAUACUCUUUUCUCAAUGCUGCGACCGAGUCCCCAAUGAAAAAAGGGCCUGGGUCGCUGAAGAUGUCGCCUGCAGACCCUCGCAGGUCAAAGACGGCAGUGAAGUCCCCUCCUUACAUCACCCCCCCAGGGCUCACUCUAACCCCACCCUCCUCCCUAUCCUCCAAUCAGGACAUCCUGAAAGACGUGGCCGAUAUGAAGGAGGACCUGAUCAGAAUGACGGCCAUCUUACAGACUGUCCCCAGAACAGCCAGGAAUGUCCAGUCUCAGACCCCUAAAGAGCCUAAGAUGGAGGAUGAGGAGCCCUUCACCAUAGUAGAGAAAGUGAAGGAGGAUCUAGUUAAAGUCAGUGAGAUACUGACCAAGGAUGUGGUGAGUGAUAGUCAAGCCUGUAGAGGGAAGCCUGUAGAGGAGGAGUGGGAGGAGUUCUCUAAAGAUGAGUUAGAGGAAGCCCAGCAAAGUGCUAAGGAAUUCUUUCACCCUCCGUUUGACGCUAACACCCUCUCCUUUAGGCCCCAGUCUAUGCCCAGUAAAGAGUUGAAUUUAGCCAAGGUCGUUGACUACCUGGCCAAUGACAUAGGUGCUAGUUCUCUUUCUAAGAUGGCCGAGAUGAAGAGCAGAUAUGAGGAGGCAAAAAGAGAAGGGGAGGACAAACAGAAACUAAAAAAACUCAAGAUGCCUCCCCCAGGCAUGCGUACCUCUGCCUCUGAGAAAGACUUAUGUAAACUAGCAGAGUCAUAUUAUGGACCUGACACCAUAUUGGAGUCACCAGAGGACUUAUCUCAUGAGCAGGAUAAGAGUCCUCUGUCAGACAGCGGCUUUGAAACCAGGAGUGAAAAGACUCCUUCAGCCCCCCAAAGUGCAGAGAGCACCGGGCCCAAACCCCCCUUCACUGACCCCAUCCCUCCCUGCAUCACUGAGACUAGGACCGAGGUGGUCCAUAUCAGGAGCUACGAGCACCCAGACGAACCCUGUGAGGUGCAGAUGGAGGAGGCAGCCUCAGCAUCGCCGGCCUGCAUUGAACCAGAGGCCUCCGCCGCCUCCAUCAAAGACAAAGUCAAAUCAUUCCAGAUCAAAGUGUGUGACGACUCUGACUCUGCCGUUAGCAAGAGCAUGAGGCUCAAAGAGGAGACCCACAUCACCACCACGACGCGCAUGGUUUACCACAAGCCGCAGCUGAAAGACGGCUCGGAGAGGAUCGAGGAGACCAUGUCAGUCAGAGACAUCAUGAAAGCAUUCCAGUCCGGAAGGGACCCCUCCAAAGAACUUGCUGGACUGUUUGAGCACAAGGCUGGCCAGGACUCUGUCAAAGGGGAUGAACUCACCCCCAGGUUCAUUGAUAAUGACACUAAAGCCAAAAGAAUAAUGGAGGUUCACAUAGAAAAAGAAGGAAACACAUUCCAACCAACUGAGGUGAUUAUCAGGGAGACCAAGAAGAUUCCAGACUCUUAUUUCUAUAAAGGAGACCACAGAAUCCAAGAAAUGCCUGAUUACGACGAGGCGCCGCAGGAAGGGGAGGAGCUUACUGCCAAUGACAGCCGGCCCAGCUCCGCUCAGCUCAUGGCCGAUGACUCCUACAAAGCUCUCAAACUGCUCAGCCAGCACUCUGUAGAGUAUCACGAUGACGAGCUCUCUGAACUCAGGGGAGAGUCUUACAGGUUCGCUGAGAAGAUGCUACGUUCUGAGAAACUAGACAUAUCCCACUCUGAUACAGAAGAUUCUAUGGCUGACCAAACACACCAAAUUACCUCAGAGUCGCAUGGGGAAGAGAGUGAUUACGGUGAGAAAGAGGCCGUGCCCAGGAAAGAGUUCACUUUCAAGUCAUCAAAGGAUACAUCCUCUAAGUCAGGUAAAUGUUCUCAUAAGGAUGACAAGUUUGACAAAGUGACAGUGUUGCAUUACACCACAGAGCCAGGCAGCUCAAAACAUGCAGUGUGGAUGCGUUUCACUGAGGACAAGCUGGACAGGAACAGAGAGAAGCUCAUCUACGAGGACCGCGUGGAUCAAACUGUCAAGGAAGCUGAGGAGAAACUAAGCGAGGUCUCUCAGUUUUUCCGUGACAAAACUGAGAAACUGAACGACGAACUGCAAUCCCCGGAGAAAAAGCCUCCAAAGAGAGACCCCAGGGAGACCAGGUCUGGGCCCAGCUCCACCUGUAAUAGCCCAGAGAAAACCCAGCAGAAAGCCAGGGCAGAGGGAGAGGAGUGUGGCAAGGGAAGAGGGAACAAACUGUUCAGUAGUACGACUGAGAGGAGGACCUCUAGUCUACCCAACAGUCCAGAGAGAGCUGUUCUCUCCCGCUUCAGUGAGGAUACAUCCAAACAGCAGACAAAGGCAGAGGAACGGUCUGAGCCAAGCCAGGUUAAAGCCUCCUUCUCUAGAGUGAGCUCUGUUAGGAUGAAGUUCGAAUCAGAGGCUCAGAACCAAGAUAAGAGUAGUCCUGAGCUAGUACAGUCCACACCCCCAGUCAACAGGCUGCAGGAGAACAAGCUGCCAAUGAAUCAACUGUUCACUGGAGGAAAGACAACUAAAGGGUCUGAGGCCACAGAGGAAGGAAGUCCUUUUAAAAAGACUCCAGAGAAACUGAAAGGACCUGCCUCCAAUAGCAGUAAGUCAGUUGUCUCACCAGCUGCCCCAAAACAGUCAGGAGACAAACUGCCUAAUAAGAACCUACCAUACAGCACAGCCCAAAAACACCUAACAGGUCAGACUGAUAAACAAUCAGAGAAAACAAGCCCAUUGAGCCAGGAGAGUCAGGUCAUUGGUAUCAGUAAGGGUGUAAAGGGGCCACCAUCACAUAGUCCUACACAUGACACACCCAAGGAGAACAGUGGGGAAGUUGAAAAAGAACACGUUUCUAUGAGGGAUUCUCCUUCCAAACAUGUUGCAUCAAGUCCCACAACCAAUAGGGUUGCUCAUUCUGAACCUGUGUCUAAAGACCAUGGGGUUGCUCAUUCUGAACCUGUGUCUAAAGACCAUGGGGUUGCUCAUUCUGAACCUGUGUCUAAAGACCAUGGGGUUGCUCAUUCUGAACCUGUGUCUAAAGACCAUGGGGUUGCACAAAACAAGAAUCUUAGAAAAAAGACAGAGUCCCAGAUCCCAGUCAGGUCUGUGUCUAGUCACUCAGACAGCGACCAGUCAGAGAAACCAAAACAAGACAAAAUAACUAAGCCAUUUGAAAAGAUAUCCCAAAUCCCCAUACUAAAUAAGAACAGAAUGCAGGUCAGCCCAGUAACAAGCCCUACAAAGGCAGAAGAACUAACAGACACAUCUCUUGAAAUAUUAGAUAAUGCACCAAAAGAUUCUAACUUGAACAAUGUGCGUGACACUUGCACAAGAGAAAUACAAGAGAGAUUAGCACCAGAGACAACCACCACCAGAGAAAACUUCAAAGGCAUCAAAACAUUACCUGUCUAUGUGAGUGUCCAGGUGGGUAGGCAGGGAGAGAGAGAGGGCAGAGGAGGAGUACUGUACAAACAGAAACAGCCCUCGUCGCCUCAGGCCAGUCCUGAUGAUGACACGCUAGAGCAGGUAUCUUUCAUAGACAGCUCAGGGAAGAGUCCCCUCACCCCAGAGACCCCUAGCUCAGAGGAGAUCAGCUAUGACCUCACCUCCAGAACACCAGACUCCAUCCUGGGCUUCACUCCCUUCCAGCCUAGCCCUAUCCCAGAGGUCUCUGAGGACUCCUCAGAGGAGGAGCAGGGCCAGGUAUUUUCCUUCAAGGACUUCAGACCAGAGACACCUAAUGUCACAGCAGCUGACCUUAAGAAUGGAAACCACCAGGCUGGACAGACACCUAAAGACAAAGGAGUAGCAUACAUCCAGUUCCCCCCUCCGCCUCCCCUGGACUCUGAGCAGUCCAGCCCUGAGAAGAAGAAGAAGGGAUCAUCUGGUUCCUCUGAGGCAGAAAUGGAGAUGAUGGAGGUCAACCUCCAGGAAGAGCAUGAUAAACACCUCCUCAUGGAGCCCAUCAUCAGAGUCCAGCCCCCCUCCCCAGUCCCCCCCGGAACUGAUGACAGUGACUCUAGUGACGAUGAGUCUGUCUUCCAGCCCAUCUCCUUUAAGAAAUACACCUUUAAGAUCUCAGAGGGGCAGGAGCACGAGCUCAAGAAUGGGUCCAAAUCCACAAAACAGGAUAGAAACGGCAAAGAGCCAGGAACUAACAGAACUAAUGGAACGUAUGAAGCUGGUAAAACAGAGGAGUACGACUCUGAACAGAAUGGAAAUGACCAGUCCAUAACAGACUGUUCUAUCGCCACGACGGCAGAGUUCUCUCAUGACACUGACGCUACUGAAAUCGACUCCCUGGAUGGGUAUGACAUGCAGGAUGAGGAUGAUGGUCUGUGUGAGACGGACACUAAACCCUUCAGCCUGCCGGACAGCAGGAAGGACGUGUGGACCUCAGACAGCAUGCUUCGGUCCUGCGACCGCUCCUUCAGUCAGACCAAACUAGAGGCCAUUGAAGAGGAAAAAACAGAGGAGGAAUGCAGAAAGGCUCAAGCUAAAAGUGAUCCAGUUGACAUAAAAACAGAUGAGGCCAGCUCUCAGGGCCAGAAGGACAACGAUGGGUUUUCUGAUACGUACUUUAGUUACAAGCUAGAGGAGGCGUUUGACUCUCCGUUUAAAACUGUUGCUACUAAAGGUCUGGACUUUGACCCCUGGUCCAGUAUAGGAGGAGACAAUGAAGUGGUUGACGCCAGGAUAAAAGACGACGAGCCGAAGCCGUUUGGACUGGCAGCAGACGACAGAUCACAGGCCACGACCCCAGACACGACCCCUGCCAGAACCCCGACUGAUGAUAGCACCACGCCAACUAGCGAGCCAAACCCUUUCCCCUUCCAUGAAGGGAAGAUGUUUGAGAUGACUCGCAGUGGUGCGAUUGACAUGAGCAAGCGGGAUAUUGUUGAAGAAAGACUGCAGUUUUUUCAGAUUGGCCCUCAGAGCCCCUGUGAGAGGACUGACCUGCGGAUGGCCAUAGUGGCAGAUCACCUGGGUCUGAGCUGGACUGAGCUUGCCAGGGAAAUGGAUUUCUCCGUAGAUGAGAUCAAUCACAUCCGCGUGGAUAACCCCAACUCUCUGACCACUCAGAGUUUCAUGCUUUUAAAGAAAUGGGUUAGCAGAGAUGGUAAAAAUGCCACAACGGAUUCCCUUACAGAGGUCCUGACUAAGAUCAAUCGGAUGGAUAUUGUGACAUUGCUGGAAGGGCCAAUAUUUGACUAUGGUAACAUUUCAGGCACAAGAUGUUUUGCUGAUGAUAACGCAGUUUUCCUGGAUCAGUGUGAUGGUUCCAGCAGCAUCCAGCUGGAGCUUCAGACCCCCACAGGUUUGAUCUGUCAGCCCCCCACCCCGCUAAGCAGCGACCACUUCUUUGACGAGGACGCUGGCCUAGACUCCCCCUCUAGAACGCCCACUCGACCAUGUGACUUGUCACUCACCCAGACCACCAGCACCCCAGGCCCCGCCUCCCAUGCUCAAUCCCCCACAAUGGUGGUAGAGGAAGACACCUCUGGACCUCUAGACUCCCGGGGAGCCGGGAAGGGCGCCGGGGAGAGUGCUGGGGAAGGCGGGGGCCCUAAAGUGACCUCCACUGAAGAUGACACAGGGGUUAGCAGAGAGUCAGUGGCCUCAUACAAGCCCCAUAACAGGGAGGCAGGGCUGAGAGAGGAGGCUGAGCAGGAUGUUGACAUGGGGAUGCUGAUACAUCAGAUUGAUCUUCCUCAGGGGGUGGUCAGGGAGGAUGAGUGGCUGGCUGGAGCCAGAGGAGACCCAUCAGAGACCCUAGGCUUUAGGCCUGCCCUGGGGGGAGAGGGGGUAGAGGGUGGUGUGUCUGGUCCUCCCGGGGAAGAGAAGGAGGAGGGGGAGUUGAGUGAGGAGAAGUUAAAGUCUCUGUUGGAGGAGAUGGGGCUGGAGGAAGGCUCGGAGGACGAGGAGAUGACGGAGGAAAGGAUAAACGCCAUCUUGUCUCAGGUUCAGCAGGCAGACAAAGAUGUGAUGUCAUCACCUGCAGGUUGGCACAGUGAGACGUCCAGUGUGAACGUGGAGCCCCCGACACCUGGCCGCAGUCUGAGUGCUGAGGGCCACGACCUCCAGGACACCAGCCCUGUGAAUUCCCUGGACUCCCUGACGACAUCACCUGUCCGACCAGCAGAGAAAUCCAAUGGAGACCACACUGACUUCCUGUCCCAGCCCGGGUCACAUCCAGAGGCCCAGGGUUCAUCCAACGGGGUGAAGGGUCAUGGCCAGGUCGAGGACGAGGGAAGGGCGUCAGCGUCACAAGGAGGGCAGGAAGAGGGAAGCAGAAGGACUCUGGAAGAGGACAGCACAGCAGGACCAAGCAGCCAGGAGCAGCAGCAGGAGGAGGGAGGAGUGCAGAGGUCACAGCACAAAGUCCAGGAGGGUGGUAGAGAUAAGGAGACCAGCUCUGAUGAGGAACGGACUGUCACCACCAAGGUGUACCGACGGAGGGUCAUUCUGAAGGGAGAACAGGCCAGAAACAUCCCUGUGGAGUCAGUGACAGAAGAACAGUUCACAGACGAGGAUGGAAACAUAGUCACCCGAAAAGUCAUCAGGAAAGUAGUACGUCGUAUUGCUGCUACGGCAACUACUUUUACUGCUGCUACUACUGCUACUACAGAGGAGGUGAAAGCAGGUGGAGCAGUAGGAGAAGGAGAAGCAGGAGGAAGAGGAGAAGCAGCAGGAGGAGGAGGAGGCAGGAAGGAAAAUAAGGGCAGGAAGAGAAACAAGCGCUCCCGAGGAGGCCCUAAGGCAGAGCAGGAGAGCUCUAAGGGUCAGAGGGGAAAGACUGAGUCUGGAGAAGGGUCAGGGUCGAAGGUGAAAAAGAAGCAAGUGGAAAAGGAUCAAUGAUAACAGUCGUGUGCUCAACCUGGUUUGUUGAUGUCUCAUGACUUCCUGGAAGGGAGAUGACUGGACCUUGAAGCAGGAGAACAGCCAAUCAGAACGUGUGUCUGCAGCUUUCACGUUAACGCAUGGUUUUACAGCAGGACCACUUUAUUUGAUUUCGCAUGAGCAUGAAAAACUUACUUUUCUGUCCACAACCUGGGCUCCAGUCAUGACCUGUUGUUACCACGGUGACAGGAGAACAGGGGUGUGGUCCGCUCCAUCAUGGCGUCAGGACAACAGUAGCCACGCCUCCAAGCAUCUCUCGGACCAAUGAGGUACAACAGGACGUUUGAUUGACAGAUUAGAGGAACACUUGGAGUCACCUUCUACAAGCCUUAUAUAUUCUGUCCUGUAGCCACACCACUGGGGUGGGUGUAUAAUGUGGUUGUGUUUUUUAAUAACAACGGGUGGUUUGGUUGUAUAUAAAUGACACUGUAAAAACUUCUGAAGUUAGUCACUGAUCGUUUGUUUUCUGCACUGGUAGGACAGCUUCGCAAAGCAUUGGAAUGAAAUGCCUAUAUUGAUUCCACCUUUAUGAAAAUGCUUGGGUGUUACUGCACAUGUCUAAUUAUCAGCAGGAAAUAUUUGUCAAAUCGAAAUGGUAGCUUGAUUUUAACUCCACUGCAACUCUAAACAUCACUUCUGUUAACAUAUUUCCUCAGAGUACUAAUAUUUUGAUGCAUGAGAUUCACCUGGUUUGACUUAGUUUUCCUCAUUUGCGAACAUUGUAUUAUGAAAUAAGGUGUUACUUCUAUCAGUGUCUGUCUACUCUGCUCUGGCACUGACUGUUUUAAAGAGACAUGAACACACAGCCACCUGGGGGACAGCAGGACAGAGAGGGAGACUUCAUUCUAAUGCUUUAUGAGGGCCCACUGUGUAACAUGGAAUAUGCCUCUACUAUUAAAGACGUGGAGAUAUGAGAGCUCCCAAUAUAUAAUGUAGACAGUCACAUUGAAAAGGGUUAGAGAGGUAUUACCCCAAUAUAUAAUGUAGACUGACACAUUGGAAAGGGUUAGAGAGGCAUUACCCCAAUAUAUAAUGUAGACUGACACAUUGGAAAGGGUUAGAGAGGCAGUACCCCAAUAUAUAAUGUAGACAGUCACAUUGGAAAGAGUUAGAGAGGUAUUACCCCAAUAUAUAAUGUAGACUGACACAUUGGAAAGGGUUAGAGAGGUAUUACCCCAAUAUAUAAUGUAGACUGACACAUUGGAAAGAGUUAGAGAGGCAUUACCCCAAUAUAUAAUGUAGACUGACACAUUGGAAAGAGUUAGAGAGGCAUUACCCCAAUAUAUAAUGUAGACUGACACAUUGGAAAGGGUUAGAGAGGCAUUACCCCAAUAUAUAAUGUAGACUGACACAUUGAAAAGGGUUAGAGAGGCAUUACCCCAAUAUAUAAUGUAGACUGACACAUUGGAAAGAGUUAGAGAGGCAUUACCCCAAUAUAUAAUGUAGACUGACACAUUGGAAAGGGUUAGAGAGGCAUUACCCCAAUAUAUAAUGUAGACUGACACAUUGAAAAGGGUUAGAGAGGCAUUACCCCAAUAUAUAAUGUAGACUGACACAUUGGAAAGGGUUAGAGAGGCAUUACCCCAAUAUAUAAUGUAGACUGUCACAUUGGAAAGGGUUAGAGAGGUAUUACCCCAAUAUAUAAUGUAGACUGACACAUUGGAAAGAGUUAGAGAGGCAUUACCCCAAUAUAUAAUGUAGACUGACACAUUGGAAAGGGUUAGAGAGGCAUUACCCCAAUAUAUAAUGUAGACUGACACAUUGGAAAGAGUUAGAGAGGUAUUACCCCAAUAUAUAAUGUAGACUGUCACAUUGGAAAGAGUUAGAGAGCGUUUACCCCAAUAUAUAAUGUAGACUGACACAUUGGAAAGAGUUAGAGAGGCAUUACCCCAAUAUAUAAUGUAGACUGUCACAUUGGAAAGGGUUAGAGAGGUAUUACCCCAAUAUAUAAUGUAGACUGUCACAUUGGAAAGGGUUAGAGAGCGUUUACCCCAAUAUAUAAUGUAGACUGUCACAUUGGAAAGAGUUAGAGAGGUAUUACCCCAAUAUAUAAUGUAGACUGACACAUUGGAAAGGGUUAGAGAGCGUUUACCCCAAUAUAUAAUGUAGACUGUCACAUUGGAAAGAGUUAGAGAGGUAUUACCCCAAUAUAUAAUGUAGACUGACACAUUGGAAAGGGUUAGAGAGGUAUUACCCCAAUAUAUAAUGUAGACUGACACAUUGGAAAGGGUUAGAGAGGCAUUACCCCAAUAUAUAAUGUAGACUGUCACAUUGGAAAGGGUUAGAGAGGUAUUACCCCAAUAUAUAAUGUAGACUGACACAUUGGAAAGAGUUAGAGAGGUAUUACCCCAAUAUAUAAUGUAGACUGUCACAUUGGAAAGGGUUAGAGAGGCAUUACCCCAAUAUAUAAUGUAGACUGACACAUUGGAAAGGGUUAGAGAGGUAUUACCCCAAUAUAUAAUGUAGACUGACACAUUGGAAAGGGUUAGAGAGCGUUUACCCCAAUAUAUAAUGUAGACUGACACAUUGGAAAGGGUUAGAGAGGCAUUACCCCAAUAUAUAAUGUAGACUGUCACAUUGGAAAGAGUUAGAGAGGGAUUACCCCAAUAUAUAAUGUAGACUGACACAUUGGAAAGAGUUAGAGAGGUAUUACCCCAAUAUAUAAUGUAGACUGACACAUUGGAAAGGGUUAGAGAGGUAUUACCCCAAUAUAUAAUGUAGACUGACACAUUGGAAAGGGUUAGAGAGGUAUUACCCCAAUAUAUAAUGUAGACUGACACAUUGGAAAGGGUUAGAGAGGUAUUACCCCAAUAUAUAAUGUAGACUGACACAUUGGAAAGAGCUAGAGAGGUAUUACCCCAAUAUAUAAUGUAGACUGACACAUUGGAAAGAGUUAGAGAGGUAUUACCCCAAUAUAUAAUGUAGACUGACACAUUGGAAAGGGUUAGAGAGGUAUUACCCCAAUAUAUAAUGUAGACUGACACAUUGGAAAGGGUUAACAGUUCUCAUGCGUAUUUGCUCCAAACCAAUCAUUGGUCAUUAUUUUAGCAGUGUAAUGUUAUGUUCUAAGCCUGCUGUAGUUUAAAGGGGCGUUAGUUCUUUGGGGUUUGGUGCCAUAUUUCCUUCCGUUGAUUCUCUUCAUAUGAGACCACCUAAAGCAUUGAUCUGGUAACAACCAACAUGGAUGAUCCCAUUAUUUAAGCAGAAAUAAAUUGUGUUUAAACUGAAA